AUGACAACGAAAAAGCUUUACGUUCAAUCAGUAACAGACUUGCAAGUCGGACAACUUUAUAUCACUCGCUGUAGUCUAGAGCAACUGGAUGACACGUUCAGCGGCAUACUCUCAACGUCCACCGCAUCAUCCACCACGUCUCUUCCCGAUCCAUAUCUCAACGGAUUAGGUCCCGCUGGCAAAAAAGCACCGCCGCGAAUUGUUCUGUUGCUUGACAAGAGCGCUAGUGGGCUUCUAACAUGUGCUCCACUCACAACGAGGAAUGGUCGCACGAUCGCGGAUGACAACAAUUUUCGUCCUGACGAUGACAAGGAGAAGAUGCGUCGUCUGUUACGGCCUGUAUCACCCAUGGUGCAUCCUGAAGCAUUCCGCAUCGUAGAAGCUCCGAAAAACAAGUACAAUCCAGCCGUUCAAUACAUCCACCUUCUGCGUUACCAAUGUCACUUCGCUCCGGAUAUGUUUGUUCCUAUCAAAGACGAUGCCGGAAGAAUAUCUCACAUGGAUGAUGCAGAACUAGGGCGAUACAUGCGAGAAGCAUCAAAGGCACUUGAUUGGCUUUUGACGCAUCAGGGAUCUACAAGCGCAUUAGGGCAUAAUGGAGACAAGGAUGAUGAAGGACCAAGCGAGGACAAACAUGAGAAAAACACGGAUUACCGAGAGAAGAAGAACGCUAAACGCAGCAAGGACGGGGAAAGCGAUGCGGAGGCGAAUAAGGAUGCGAAUGAAAGGAAAUCAGAUGGUGCGGGGGCAACAGCUAAUGGAGAAACGUUAGAAGACUCCUCGGAGGGCCCUUGGCACGGUUGGGGUGAUUGGCGGCCUACAUUUGACGAACACGGUUAUCUCAACUUACCGGAUGAAGAGGAGGACGACUAUCUGACAGAUAUGAACAUCAUGAUUGCCAAUGCGUUAGGAAGAAGGCCCACUCAUGACCCUGAUUGCGUUGAGCAGUGGAGACUUCAAACUACAAAUACUCAGCCCCCCGUACGGCACACACAGACUGUCACCUCGAAUCCAGACGGAUCAGUCACUCGUCAAGACACUACCACGACAGGGGCAGGGGGUAUAACCCCCUCACCCCCCUACCGAGGAACCCAACCAGUCGUGCAGGGUGUCACUGUGCCUAACCCGCCUGAUGCUGACAAUGCUGUAGUUCAGGCAAAACAGACCGAAAGAGCUGCUCAAGACGUUCAGGCGAAUUAUAAGCAGGCUGGGAAAAUCGUUAAGUGCGUCUCCCAAAGGAUCGAAAAAUUCAAGCCUGCCAUUCUCUAUGAAGACGGCUGUCCAGUGCUUUCCACUGCCGGUGCUGGGAUCCGUAUUGAACACCAUGGCAACCUUUGGGUAGUCACUCAGGACAUGUUCUGGAAAGUGAUGCAGCGCAAAGUGGUCCGAUGGCAGACUGCCCAAGAAUUUGAAAUCCACAAGCACCAAUGUCCUCAGAGGACAACCAUUGAGGUGAUUCCGUUGGACCCUUUGGACGGAAUGCCUCGUUGGCCACUUCUGUAUCUGUGCCAUGAGCGACUCGUCUUCUAUCCAGCACGAUUCGUCCGUCCCACAGAUCCCGAACAGUCUUUCAAAGAGCUCCGCCCAUAUUUCCUCGGGGCCUGUCUUUCCAAUGGGACGGCGAACAUCUAUCCCAGCGCUUCCAGCGUUCCCACCGGCCUCUCUAGGUCCGGUUCUCGCUUGAUUGACCGCGCACUCGAUGCCAAUGCGAAAGCAAGCGAGGCCCUGGAGCCGUUCUUCAAGAACAAAGCCUUAUCCGGCGUCCUGCAAAUGAUGUUUGUAGCGUACGCUAGUCUUAUCGCCCCACAGAUUCCCAAAGAGUGGCACUGGGUAUUCGAGCAUGCCGGAUUCCGUAUUGGUGUCAUGUUUCUUAUUUUGUGGACCUCAAACAGUGACCCCACCUUCACUAUAACGCUGGCCGUGGCUUUCAUACUGCUCCUCCAAAACCUGGGCAAGUUCCACCUGACGGAGGGAUUCGAAGGCCCGAAAACCGCCAUCUACCCAGGUUGCAUGAACCUUAAGGUUGCUGACUUGUUGUCUUCUUUCAACAACAGUCAGGAAGACUUGAUGCAGGCUAUGCAGAUAUCCAACGUUCCAUUUUUGAUCCACAUUUCUGAUGAUACGGCACCUCUCAUUGGAACAUACUUGAUGAACAAGGGCUACAAGAUUGUAAUGCCCUGUGCACCACCCGGCUCCGUUGCUUAA